AUGGAUCUGUAUUCGAAAUUGAGUUCUAAUAUGGAGGCCAUUGUUGACUUCUUUAACUCGCGGAUGGAGCAAAUGGAGCGAAGUAUUCAGAAGCAGCAAACAUCCAAACCCUCACAACCUAAUUUCCAAACUUUGACACGGCAUUCCAAUGUCAAGCUGUUCAUCACUCAAGGAGGCAUACACUCUACACAUGAAGCUAUAGCCGCUGAAGUUCCAUUAGUCGCGAUACCAAUAUUAGGAGAUCAAUUUUACAACGUAGAAAAAUGUACAUGUCAUAAAAUCGGCGAAGUGAUUAAUAUACAAACAGCUACAGUUGAGCUAUUUAAAAAAAUAAUCGAAGUCGUCUUAAAGGAUGAAAGCUACCGGCAUAACAUCGGUAACCUGCGCAAGUGGUUGUCGGAUCAACCUCAGCCAUCACUAGAGCGCGCUGUGUGGUGGACGGAGCACGUGCUUUGA